CUCUCACCUCGCCGAGCUGUCCAGACUCUGCUCCAGCAUAUCCAUGAAGCUUUCCCGGUGUGUAAAAAACGCCGAUAUUCAACGACACUGAUUUACGGAGAUGGAAGCGUUGAUCACGGGGACAAACACACGGGUCAUGUGAGGAAGACAGUCCAGGACACGUGAGGCAACGACCGGGCAAGGAGCUAAAAUGGAGGCCGCUGCCGAGCAGGAGGGAGUCGUCUGCGUCUGUGCGGAAAAACGAGAAAAACACUCCGGCUGUUCCCGCGGCUUCACGGAGGCGGCGGCGAUUCAACCGGGGAGUUCGGACCGUCAGGGUCUUAUUGAUUAACUAUCGGAUUCACAGAUGGAAGAUUAUUUCCUUUUCAGUUCGUUGGGAAAUCUGUUUUUGUCCUUGGGUUUUCUUUUUGUUGCUCCGCGGCGCACAGCUGCUGUUUAUCCGCGCAAAGCUGCGGCACCGACAUGCGCCCAAGAAGAUAUGGAGUGGACUAUAGCUAGGGCGCUUUUUUACGUGGUGAAAUUUGUACCGUUUAACUCUUAAUAUCGCCUCUUAGUUGAAGUUUUCAUAAAGUGUAGCCUAGUAUUCACGUGACUCAUCGGAUGCUGAGACAUUGGUGGUUGGAAAGGAGGAAAAAUGUCUUAAUUUGGUUCAUUUCUGCGUCAAAACUUGCGCAAACGUCGAUUAUUCGCUUUGGGCUUGUGAGAAUUUGUUAUUUACUUUUUCUGGCAGAUAUUCUUGGCUGUGUUGUGCUCAAUUUUGGAGAAGUUGUUUGUCAAAUCAGCUCAUUGGCACUUUUUUUUUAGGUCCUUUGCCCAGGUGACCGCUGCGAUCCAAUCCGGGUUUUCCCACAAACCACAUGACAAAAAGUGUCCACGUCGAGCCACAAAUCGAAGCCCCGCGAUUACACGCCGCUCAUAAUUUAUAGUUUUGUGUCAGAUUAGACGGAUAGGAUUACUUUACAGGCUAAAAUCUGAAACCACGUGGAUUUGUAGGACGUUUUAGAGAGGGGACACGCCGUCUCUCCUCCAUGUGUGCCGCUCAGAUCCGAGAAAUUCAGCCGAGGGAGGCGAAGCAGCUUCAGUCAGCAGACAUGAUUUCCUCCGUGGAGAGGACAGUCAAUAACCUGAGCUCGACUCACAGCAAAUCAACCCCCCUUUUUAAUUAAAUAUCAACACUUAAAUUAGUCCAUGAAAACAAAGUUGAGUUUAAUAAGAGCUGCAUGGUUAAAAAAAAACUCCAGUCAGUAUUGGGUAGAUGAGACGAUAUUGAACUGUUUGCACAUAAUUAAGCACCAGGAUGCAGACAUUUGCAGGGAUGAACACCGACCCUUCCCUUUCCAUUGUCUACUGUGACUUUUUAAAUCCUUAUUUCUCAAGAUUUCAUAAAACGAUGCAGCUAAAGAGCUUGAAAAUGAAUAAAUAAAAACAAUUAAAGUAAUUGUAGUGACCACAGCCGGCCCAAGCCUCAAUGAGGCCCUAAGAAAAUUUGAUUUUGAGGCCCUCUAUUUCUGACAAUAAUAUUGAUUGUUGAUCAUUCACACACCUACUACAGUAUAAAUUUAAUGUGCUGAUAUGUAUUUACACAUUUAAGGGGGUGGCCUUACAGGUAAUAGCAUAAAUAAUACCAAUGAAUGACUGAUGAAUGAUGUUCAGGGUGCCACAUGUGGUUUUUAAUCUCAAAAUUUAAUGCACAUAACAGUAGCAGAGCUUUGUCAUAUAAAUAAGUACGUUUUCAAUGGAGAUUUAAAAAGGCCCAGGUCAGAAAUACGUCUCAUUUCGUUGUGGAGUUUAUUCCAGAGCCUGGGACCAGCGACUGAAAAGGUUCGGUCACCCCAGUGUUUGUGUUUUGACCUGGACACCUCCAGCAGAAGUUGAUUUGAGACCUCAGAGCUCUACCCGGCUCCUGAACAGUUAAAAGCUCAGUUAAAGAGAUGGAGGCGAGGCCGUUAAGAGCUUUAAAAACAAACAAAAGUUUAAAAUCAAUCCUAAAAGAGACGGGAAGACGAUGAAGGGAGCUGAGGACAGGAGUGAUGCGUUCACAUCUGUUAGUGUUGGUUAAAAGACGGGCAGCAGCAUUUUGGACAAGUUGAAGACGACUAAAAGAUGAUUGGGAGAUGCCAACAUAAAGUGCAUUACAAUAGUCUAAUCUUGAACUGAUUAGAGCAUGGGUAGCUAUGUCAAGGUAGUGACGGCUUAAAAAUGUUUAAACUUUUAAGAUAUCCACUGUUUCAAUCCCCAGAAUGGACUAAAAUCUAAAAGUGAAGCAAAAAAACAAACAAACCACGUUCUCACUCAGGCCUAAAGUGGGUUUAAGUCAACACAAGCACACAUGAACACAAUUAAGAGACACACAAUCUCAAAAAGCACCUUUAAAACAUGCAAACCAACAACUCCAAUAAAAUUUACAACAAUAAUUAAAUGCUUCAAAGACAACCAGGAAACGCCCAUUUGAGCAAAUAGUUCUCUAAGAUAUAAUUGUGUUAAAUUUUUUUAUUUUAGCACACAUUUAUCCACACAAACAGGGGCAAUAAUAUAGAAGCAGAUGUCAAUUUAAACCUAUAAACCUUUGAAUGGAAAUGCAGCUGAUGAUGAUUUAAGUCAGUUGAUAAGAAGUGUUACCAACCCUGGACUCAGAGGGACUUUCAUGAAUGAGUCAUAUUUAUUAUUUAUCCAUUAACUUGUAUUUUGUGUCAACUUGUUUGUAUCUUUGGAUGGUAGCCAGGUAAAAGCCAGGAUAUGCAAAUCAGAGUCCCAUACAGGGUGAGCAGGACCUAGACUCAAAGUGUCUGUGAUUUGUGAUCACAGUUCAGAUAGGUCAGAUCAGGGCAGUCCAUUACAGACUACAGCGGGGUGCCGCAGCUCAAGGAAGAACAUUUAUGAUCAUUUCUUCAUCAUUUCCUUGAAGUAAUAAUCAUCAUAUUAAUCAUUUUUAACUGCAGACGCGGUAGUUCUUCCGCCUUAGUGUCUCGGUCUGAUUGUAUUUCCAUGAAGAAAUGAUCAUUAGCUCUGCUGCUGUUGCCUGGAUUGCAGGACAGGAUCUAGUAUUCAGAUAUUUGUUUUCAACCUAUAAAUUCAGUAUGUAAACUAACAUUUCUACCUCAGCAUUAUUAAAAAACAAGUAAUAUGUGCCGUUCUGCUGAAUCAUUUAAUAUAAUUUGUGAGGCCUGGCUGUCUCUGGUCUCUGGCGUGGCUCUUUCUACUCAGAAUUACAUCAAUGUUUAGAAAUAGAGCCAGGUAAUAAAAGACGUUAUUGUGUAAGAAACACAAUCUGAAAAUUGAUUGAUUCUAGUGGAAGAAAAGUGAAGUUUCUAACUUUUACCGUAAAAGGAUUUUGGCUCUGUAAACUCCAGUUCUGUGUUUUAGAGUUGAAACAAUCCCAGACCUCUUAUAUAAUCUGUUAAUUUUAUUUUUAGGGAGAAGUAUGAGCAGUGAGGUCUGAGUCAAACAAAGUAAAAGAGAAGAAGACAACUCUCAGGGAAAAGACUAAAAUGAUCUUUGUAAGGAUCACAUGGCAUUGUGCCUCUAUUUGACUAGAGGGUGACUCAUUCAUUCAGACUGCACACCCAUUACAGAGAGAGAGGGAGGGGGAGAGAGACAUAGAGAGAGAUGGAGAGAGACAGAGAGAGAGAGAGAGAGAGAGGAACAACCACCUACCAAGUGCCAAACUUGAGGCCAGCCUCUCUCCUCCCAGCUCAUUCUUUCCUACAUGGGCAUUCAGAUGGGUCUGCAGACAGCAGAGUAACAGUCUGAGCGGAGCUGAAGAACUUGGACGAACUCUCACAUCCCGAGAAAAUUAAAUUAAAACUAACAGAAAAGUCUACAGACAUCCUCGGAGCAGUUUUCUCUUCAUCGGACGAGCUUUAAAAAAGGUAAAUCUUUAAUUCUGGCAUCUUUUGUGCAGAGGGAUUACUUUGAUGUUUGGGUGGAGUCAUGACCCCUCCCAUGUCUUUUUAUUAAUUAUACCCUUUGUCUUGAGUUUGGUUUGAGCCGUUGCUCACAAAAGAGUUGGACAUUUCUGAGAACUCUGGACAGUUUCUCGUGAAUUAAGUUUUUAAAUUUAAUCCAGCAGUCAUGACUUUGCAGUUUUAAGGAUCUUUAUUUUACCUCAGAUAUAGAAGUUUGCCUCUGAGAUCUUGAAUCUUUGUUUUAGAUUUAAACAUCAGAAAGAAAAAAGUCGGUGUAGUUUUGUGCUUUAAAUAACAUUUAAGAUUAAAAAAAUGUGACUUUUGCAUCUUUUCUUCAAAAGAUUGUGAAGUGCAAUGGCGACACCCAAAAACACUCCCCGAGGUGCAAACACACCACUGUCCCCGAACCGGAUCACCCGCCUCCAGGAGAAGGAAGACCUCUGCAACCUCAAUGACCGACUCGCCGUCUACAUCGACAAGGUGCGCUCUCUGGAGACGGAGAACGCCGGCCUGCGUCUGCGCAUCACCGAGUCUGAGACUGAGGUGACGCGGGAGCUGACGGGGCUGAAGGCGGCUUAUGAGACGGAGCUGGCCGAUGCCCGUCAGACUCUGGACUCUGUGGCCAAAGAGAGAGCGCGGCUGCAGCUGGAGCUGGGGAAGCUGAGGGAAGACUACAAGGAGCUGAAAGCGAGGUGGGUGGUGCAUCAUCACAACAUAUCGGUAUCAGUCUUUAUACAGUGUUUUUUGGUCUAUCUACCAAAGUGGGGAUGGGGUUGUUUUAGGGGUGCCCAGGCCCAGGAGAGGCCCUGAAUUUCUUAGCACCACCCCUGUGACUUAAAGAAAUAUGGUUUCUUAAUGUCUUAAGACAAUAAUUUUCAUUAUAUGACCUUUAAUAACAAAAAACUGUGUUUGUAAGUUUAAAAAAAAUCACUGAAAUCGGACUCAGCACACUCCGGGUUUUAGUUGUUACAGCCAUGUGUGGUCUGAAGGGUGAGGUAGCUUCUGUUAGCUAAUGUUUGCAAACACACUGCUGUGUCUGAGUGUGUGUGUGUGUGUGUGUGUGUGUGUGUGUGUGUGUGCUCAUCGCUUUGUUUUGUUCUUGACUCAUCUCUUUAAGCAUUAAAGCGUUUAUUUUUAUCCCAUGAUUAUCACUUGUAGACACAGAGGCUACAUCUCAACUAAAGGUACAGUCUGUGUUUUAUAGUCAGUAAAAUAAAAACAGAGAACAUGUGUUAGGUUCAGAUUUUUAGGAAAAUUGUGUAACUUUUCUGUUCUUUAAAAGAUUUUUGGCAAAAAAAGGAAAAGUCGACUGAUGUGACGGUCAUGUGGGGGAACAGUUGCCUCAAGGCGUCUGAAUACUCCCUUUUUAAACUUUAUCUUUCUCUGUUAAAGGACAACCUUUUCCCCGUUUACCCAGGGUGAGAGUGUUUUGUAAUUGCAGUGCUAAUAUCUCAAACAUUUGUACAUGUGAUCCACACUUACUCAGCAGCUCCUAAUAGUAGACGCUGAAAUAACAGACCGAGCCACACCCUUUUUCAUCACGCCCUCCUCAGUUUGACGUUAGCGUCCGUCUUCUUCUUCUUCUUCUUCCCAUGCUGCUCCAUCCAGAGCCGAUGACUAACUCUUUCCUUAGUUUCUCCUCCUUCACCAAAGUAAUCAUCACACACAUAAUACGUGGCAGUGUUUGGACUUCUCCACUCUCGCCUCCUUUAUUUUUCCAUAAAUACUGAGACGAUGUCCGUUUGGCAAAGCCAUGUGGUUGCCAUGGCAGCGUCUAAGCUAAACAUCAACGGCUGUGGUUUGUGGCUACCAGAUCCGUGGGGUUGGACAUAGAUCGUGGCCUAUGAGUCAUACGCACCGAGGUCUUUCCCGUCUCUGGCAACAUCCUUCUUCAAAAAUAGCUCAUAUUUGUCUCGUUAGGCUGUAAAGGAAGCUGUAGUAACUCUGUUUCCAUUUGCAUCUUAGGUUACAAUGUAAAACAGAUGUCUAGUCUUGUUCUUAAACACAUACAGGAAACUACAUCCAAACAUCUGAGACUCCUUAUGUCCGUACAGGAACACCAAGAAGGAGUCAGACUUGAGCGGGGCGCAGCAGAGGCUCAAAGACCUGGAGGCUCUGCUCAACUCCAAAGACGCCUCCUUGACUACGGCUCUGGGAGAGAAGCGUAACCUGGAGGUGGAAAACAGGGACCUGAAGGCGCAGGUCGCCAAGGUAAACGCAAUCCCACGCACAGAUGAAAACACUGGAAACACAUCUGGGGUCCAUUUUUCUGCGACUUGUAGGCUGCCCUCCAAGAUCUCCUGCUACACCUUUCGAGGUGAUACCUAGUCUAUUAGUUCAACAGGAUCCAAGAUAUAAUCCUAUUUUUGUCCCACUGGUUUCCUAUUUUUAGAGUUAAUCCAGUUGACAUCAGAAGGAGUUACAUAAUUAAUCUAAUAAACAUGAAGUAUGAACGGUCUUUGAGUCUGUGUGAGCUCACAGGAGGAUUUCUUUGCUUUAUUUACUGCAUGUUUCUGGAUUAUCCAGAUGGUUAAAGUGUUAACAUGAGUAUUGAUGCUGAGAUUCAGUCCCUCUUUGUUGCUGUCUUAGUUGGACACCAGUUUGAACGAUGCCAAAAAGCAGCUGCAGGAUGAGAUGCUCAGGAGGGUCGACGGAGAGAACCGCAUCCAGACUCUGAAGGAGGAGCUGGAGUUUCAGAAGAACCUUCACUCUGAGGUCAGUUUUCAACUUUCAUUUCAAAUCCGUUUUUUUCUCUCUAUUCGCACCAGUCUCCAAUGGUAAUGUGCUGUUGUUCAAACAGGAGCUGCGGGAGAUAAGGCGGCGCCAUGAGUCCCGCAUGGUGGAGUUGGAUAACGGACACCAGCAGGAUUUCGAAUGCAAGUUAGCCGAAGCUCUGGCGGAGAUGCGCAGCCAGCAUGAACUACAGAUCAAGAUGUACAAGGAUGAGAUCGAAAAAACCUACAACAGCAAGGUAGACCACCACACGAUUAAAGGUGGGGUAGGCAGGAUCUAUUGGAGCACGCUAACUUUGUUUGGGCUCCUGAACGACACGGGGGAGCAGCCAAUCAGGUUAGAGGAGGUGGAGAACGGCUUUGUUUACAGUCAGAAAGAGCGGACCGCUCAAAAAUGUUCAAAUGUUGACGACACAGACAUAAGAGAACACAGAGAUAUCGAUAUAUUACCAAAUAAUCAAUAACUAAGAACUAUUGACUGAUAUUAAAGGAUUUAUACACCACAAAUAUAGAUGCUUCUUUAACAGAUUCCCGCCGACCCCACCUUUAAUGCUGUCAGAUUCUACAAACACGACUAAGAAGUUCAAGCUUCCUUUGAAACAUGGAAUUUUUCUUGUAUGCCAACUAUCAAGACAAAAAUAUCCUGCAGCAGUUUAACACACUCUUCAACUCUUUGUUUCUGUCGCUUCGUUCAGCUCGAAAAUGCUCGUCAGUCUGCGGACAGAAGCAGCCACCUGGUUGGAGCGGCACAUGAGGAGCUCCAGCAGACUCGAAUCCGCCUGGAGUCCGUGUCCUCUCAGCUCAGCCAGCUGCAGAAACAGGUGAUCUAACAUGACAAACAUCUGGAACAGAGGCAUCUAGAUUGGAAUAUCUAGUUUAGAAUAACUCACAAUAACUUUAUCACUACUCUAGAGAUCAUUGAGGAUAAACUCUUCAGUGUUUCGAUGAUUGAAUUAUUAUUAAAGAAACGUUUUCACAUUGACUAAUUCUUCCUUCUUAGCUGGCGGCCAGAGAGGCAAAGAUCAGGGACCUGGAGGACGCUCUGUCUCGGGAGCGGGACACCACGCGCCGCCUGCUUGGAGAGAAAGACCGAGAAAUGGCCGAGAUGAGGCAGCAAAUGCAGCAGCAGCUUGAUGAGUAUCAGGAGCUCCUGGAUGUGAAGUUGGCUCUGGAUAUGGAGAUCUGCGCCUACAGGAAGCUGCUGGAGGGAGAAGAGCAGAGGUGUGACAUCUUCGCCUUUUCUUCGUGUUUACAGAGCAGAUGUACAAAUGUCAUGUUCGGGGCGGGACACUCAAAAAGCUGCAAAAGUAAACCUGCUAAAUGAUCAUAAACCUGCUCCUCAACGAAACAAAAAAGGCAACUUCUCAUCCAGGGUCAUGUUAGCUAAUUUACGUCUUAGCUAGGAUUGAAAAAAAAGAGUUUCCUGCAAGUAGCCCCCCCUCCGUUUUUCUUUCCAGGCUCCGUCUCUCUCCCAGCCCUCCACCCACAAAAACAACAGGAAGUCACUCCUCUUCCUCAGGAGCUCUCUCCAGAUCAGUCCAUUACACCAACCAGAGCUCCUCUGCCAAGAGACGCCGCGCCAACGAUACCGACAGCGAGGCCUCCAGCUUCGCGGGCGGAGCCGUGGCGCGUACUCGCAUCACUCAGCAGGCCUCGGCCAGCGGACGCGUGACUGUGGACGAGGUGGACCUGGAGGGGAAGUAUGUCAGGCUCAGCAACAAAUCAGAUGAGGUGAGAAGAUGAAUGACUUUAUAUUUGAGAAAUGAUAUUUGAGCUCGGACUUUAAAAGUCUAAAUUCAUCAUAUUUUUUAUUCUCGCUUCAGGAUCAGAAUUUGGGGAACUGGCAGGUGAAGCGGCAGGUGGGAUCAGGAUCGCCGAUCUACUUCAAGUUCCCGGUGAAAUUCUCCUUGAAGGCCGGACAGAGGGUCACGGUAAGCAGCACUUUCACUCGGAAACACAAACACAGUCAUUAAGAACAACACAGUUUUAAUCAUCUUGCUUUAAUGCAGAUCUGGGCCUCUGGUUCUGGUGGGGUUCACAGUCCUCCCUCUGAUCUGGUGUGGAAGACUCAGACCUCUUGGGGCACUGGAGACCUUUUCCAGACCACCUUGAUCAGUGCCAGUGGAGAGGUGAAUGAAUGAUUGAAUGAAUGUGACUCCCCCUUACACCAAACAUGGAGUCCAUUAUUAUACAGACACACUCUCUUUAUACAAAUAUCAACACUUCAAUAUAUAUUCACCUCACCAUAUCAUAAUAACAUUAUUCUUGUAAAGUCUCUUAAAGUUCACCAGAGUACGACAUUUUCUCAUUUCUACAGUCGUUCCAUAUUUUCACCCCAUUUACAGACUCACAAGUUUGUUCACGUUUUCGGUUUCUCCAAUAAUCCUCAGCCUCUUCAGUUGUAAUCAGAGUCCCUCAGUUCAAACAGGUUCAUGUUGUGGUAGGGUUAGGUUUUUGGCUUUGUACAUGAUUUGUGAUUUAAUCUACGAGGUCUUUAAAUUUUAAAUAAUUUAAGGGAUGAUUCAGUUCACAGUAAUGUUUAUUGCAGAUAACUCUUACGGCUCGCUUUUGUCAAAGAAAUAUUGGGUUUGUAUUUGUUUUAUAAGUGUUUCCCCAAAUCUCAAUGCAAUAAGUCAUGUACGAAGUUAUCAGGGAAUAGUAUAGAGUGGCUAACCCUUUUUGUGGCUUUAUACAGAAUGGUGAUAGAUUUUGACAUUUUUGAUUUAAUAUGAUUUAUGUUUGAUUUCCAACAAAGUUUAUUAUCUAGUAUGACCCCAAGGAAUUUAUUCUCAGUUACUACCUCGAUUCCUUAUUGUCUGUAGUUCAAUUUCUACAUUAAAUUACUUGCUUAUUUCCAAAUUUUGAUUAUGAAUAAACACACACACAUAUAACGACAUAAAUGAUGAUUAAAGUCUAGAUUUGAUCGUCUGUCUUUCAGGAAAUGGCGAUGAGGAAGGUGACUCGCACACAGUUUGACGAUGAAGAUGACGACAUGGUGAGAGAAACUGUUCAGUUUUAUAGAUUUAUAGGCGAUAAGACGUCGGCUUCAUUAACCGUCUCCGUGCCUCAGCAGGUGGCUCACAGCACCUGUGGGGACAGCGAGUACAACCUGCGGAGCCGGACGGUGGUCUGCGGCUCCUGUGGACUCCCUUCAGACAAAUCCACCAACUGCUCCGUGACCUCCGCCUCCCGCUCUUUCCGCAGCGGAGGGAUCUCUGAAGGUUUACUGCCGCAGUCCUACGUGUUCAGCACCAGCACUCCUCGCAAGGUAGGUGACCCUUGACCUCUUGUUCUGAACUUGGUCGUCUCUGCGUGAAUGUGUUUGUCUGAUAACUGCGUCUCUGUCGACUUCUCGUCUCAGACCGGAGCCAGAAUGGAGAGCUGUCCGAUCAUGUGAGCCUCUGGACGCACACGCCGAAGCGCACCAUCCGUGUUAGUUUUCAGUUAUUAGCUCUGUAGUUAUCAGUUUGGUUAGAAUCAUCUACUUUGGAUCUCUUUGAGAUAUCGUAAACUUGUACUGCUUUUUUAUAAUGUACAUAGGCACGCUGUCGAGAACUAUUUUUAAACUCAGAGAAAAAGUUGCCAAAGCUGUCAUUUUCUUUUUCCUUCACCAAACACCCAAACAUCUACUUUAGCAGCUAAACACAACCGUGUGUUCAUGUUUUGACAGGUGUUUGAGAGGUGGAGGAAAGUCAGCAGGGUGGAUGCAAAUCUUUUUCAGUUCACUUAUUUUGAUAAAUAAAUUUCAUUGGAAUAAACUUCUUCAGGAUUUGAUGAUAAAAAUACUCAAAGUGUUUAUAUUUCCUGAUAUCAAUAAACAUUUUCUACAGAA